CCUGCAUCGUACAUCCAUCCAUCGGCGCGUCUUCUCUUGCACGACACUACGCAUCCACGCCUUGACGGCCUCGACACACACCCCGCUGCUUGACGCGGCGUGCCAAGCAUCGACUCGACGUCGCUACCCCUCCCCGACCAACUUGCUGCCACCCCCCGCCCCGGAACCAACCCAACCCAACCCCCGCGAUCCAUCUCAAUCGUCGCCCGGCCGGCGAUCAAUCGUCAGUCACGCUGUAACAGUUCCAUUGCCACCACCCUUGUCAACAAUUCGGCAAGAGAUCACGCCCACCACAGCCGCCUGCAAUGACCCGCGCAGGCGCAGCAAGCCUGCGCCUCGCCAUGCCGACGACUGGCGCCGACGCCGCGUCGGGGCCAUGCACGCCGCUCCCAUAUGAGCUGGCACUCGGUAUCCCCCGCUCGCUUGCAUUCGCAAAUGCGACCCCGGAACCCCUCACGCCGGACGUGUCGGGCCUCGCAGUCCUCACACCCAGCCCGGACGACAUUGCUAAUCGCGACAACUGGACGGCGGACGAGGUCGAGGUGCUCGAGACGAUCCUCGCCCGCCCACCAGACGCACUCCACUUUCCACCAGGAGCCAUGCCGACGCCAGAAGUUCUCGACGAGCUCGCACGCCUCGUGCUGCGCUCCUUUUCGCGUGGGACAAACCCUCGGAGCACAAAGAGCAGCCGCCCACCUCCUCAGUCUCAGGAACGCCCCGUCCUUGUCGACGCGCCAAUCGCAACUAGCUCACGUCAGACCCGUCGGAGUCGUACCUCGGCGUCGCUAUCCCCCUCGGAUAGCAGCAUGGACGCGGACGAGUCGGCAGCGGGCUCCACUGAUACAGAGUCGAUCGGCAGCGCCGAUUCCCGCCCUGUCCUGGCCGUUGCCGCGUUGACCACUGCUCCCCUGCUGCCUUCUCCCGCCACGUCCAACUCUUCCGCCUCGACAGUCGACAACGAUGCCGUUGUUGCACCCUGCGACGACGCCGUUCGCACGUUCUCAUUGAAAUCAUGGCACCACUCAUUUACCGAGACGCGUGCAAAGCUUGCUGUGCUCGCGUUGGCCGAUACGCGUCUGGGUGCCGAGGUGGCAGAGCGAAAGCUCACGCGUAAGGAACGGCUCGCCCGCCCAGGUGUCAAGCGCGUCAGCAGCAUGGACUUUCUCGACGACGAGGACUCGGACACGCCCAGCGAGAAGACGGGCAGGGUGUUGAGGUUAUCUACGACGUUGCAGAACACGGCAAAGGAGACGGUCGGGCUUGCGCGGACCGCGUCGUUGGGUCCUCCGUCGGGCAGCCCGCAGUUGGGCACGGGUGCGGAGACCCCGCCAUUAAGCCGAGGAGGGUCGUUUACGCUCUCGCCGAUGACGGCUGAGCCGUCGGCUCUUGGGCUCGGGCUCGGACUCGGCGGGCCCCGAUCCCUCUCGCGCAACUCAUCACGAAGCGAGCGCGGAAGUCGCCGUCCAUCGCUCCUGCAGCGCGGGCGCAGCUUCACGGCCAGCGACCUCGAGGCAGAGCUCGAGGCGCAGGCAGUGCCAACUAUCACUGGCGGUGACAACCCCUCACCACGCACCCCGACCAUCUCGUCCUUCAACGGCAUGGUGACGGUUUCAUCGCCAUCGCCUGCCCAUUCGCCAGCCAAGCGCCGCGCAUCAGCUCCCGACACGGCGGUGCCGAGGAUGCUCCGCUCACAUUCGUACGAGCCCACGUCUGGCCGAACACGCGGCGACGAACGCGCGCGACGCGGAGAAGCGACCGAGUCGCUCGCCCCGCCCGCCGCGGCGUUCAACCACCUCGGCCUCGGCUCGGCGUUCGAGCCAGCCGCGACCAAGGCAAGCGGUCACUCGAGCUCGAGCUGGGACAGCGAUAGCGACCGCGACGGCCACGUCGUGAUCAAGCGGCCUAGACAGGCGCGAAAGGGCAGAAUAGGCGCGCUGGCAAUGACGGCGCUGCCUGCUGCCACCACCGAGGACAACCAGAAGGGCUCGUUACGCAGCCCGUUUGAGGAAAAGCCUAAUGCGAUGGACCUGGCGUAGGAGUCAUUGCGUUAAUAGCCACACACGAUGGGUUAAUAUCUAUCCACACACGAUCUCGGACUAUCCUGUACUAUCCGUGUACUGUAGUGUAGAGUGUAUGUAUCUUGGGUUGUGCGG